AUGAAGUUUGUACCCAAUCGCGAUCUUGACAUUGUCACCUCCUCCCUCAAUUUCACCACUCCUGAUCUCCACGUCAUCGGCGGAUGCGACUUGUACACGACCAAGGCAGCAGGAGGAGACAAGAAGCUGUACAAGAACAUCGAACAUGGCCUGGAAGAACAAUAUAAAUCGAAUCUCCAAUUCUCCCAUUCGCUCUCUCCGCCGCAAGCACAUAUGAUGGCCUCGAGCUUGAAUCUGAGCCGAAGCAGUCCGUUUGGAAACCUCGGAAUUACCAGUUCAAGGAGGACAUACGCAUAUUUGAUUGCGACGCUUAAUGCGAGCCAUCCAGAUUACGACUUCUCCCACAUGCUUCGGCCGACGGACUUCAAGCGGGAAAAGAGUCUCCGUCAGGUGAUGAACACUCUAGACACCACUUUGUACAACCUGCGUCCUCGACCACUGAAUUCCUUCCUCAACGUUCCUGGUCUGGCUCCGGAGUCCGCCUGCCCCCCGUCAAGUCAGACCCACUGGGGUCCAGGUAUGUGGAGACUUAUUGAUCAACAAAUGAGCCUGCGCGAAUGCAGCAUAUACCGAUACGCGCCGGAAGACUUUGACCCCUUUGAGGAGGACGAUGAAGGAUCGUUGUGGUCAAUCAACUACUUUUUCUUUAACAAGGCCAGGAAGCGCGUGUGUUAUCUAUAUCUCAGGGGCAUCAGCGUGUUGGCCAUGUCGACGAUGGACGGGCUUCGUACCCCGAUCAAAGCGAAGAGAUUUGCCGAGGACGAGUCCGAUGGCUGGAUGACCCCGGAUUUGGGCGCCCAUAAAAGAGCUAAAUACUGGCUUGGCAAUCGGACCGGUAUCGAUGUCGAGCCUGACGACGCAGAAAUGCCGUCGAUUGAGAAAGAGGGCGAGGGACCACCCUUCGUCGAUCGAAUGGAAGACGACUACUUCCCACCCCCAACCCGCCCUGUGGUCGACGAACACGAUAAUUACGUCCUCAGUGAUGAAGAAGUGCGAAGCGCUAGGAGUAACAGCAAGAGCACGGUGCGUGCUCUGAGUGAAGAAGUUGUGGGAGCUAUGGAGGUUUGA